AUGAAUGUCUUUGGACGUGCCCGCAUGGCUCUUGAGCAACUGAAUGAGCUGCAGCCAUCGCGACCAAUGAUCGAAGAAUAUAAUCAAACCGAGGAAUUCUACAAUAAUAACUUCAUAGCAAAACGAAAUCUAAUUGCAGAACUCAUGCCAGUAUCCAGCUCGUUAAAAAUAAGCUGGCUUGACCCAGAGAGCCGAAACAGCCCAUCUGCAUGA